GCGAGCGGUACACGGGGCGGAUGAUCGCCGACGAAAAACAUUUUCCAGCACGAAACGACUAGCAAACUCCCAAAAUAAAACACGAAAGGCGAGACAGAACUGUGCGUGAAACAUUGUGCAGCGUGGCGAGUGCUUCUGCCCAAAAUUAACCAGAAUAUGUAAAUAAAACGUUACAAGAGGAGAAAAACGAAAAACGAGAAACGAAAAACGCGGUUUCACAGUGCGGCAUUCAUAUGCAAAUCGGAAUCGGUGCCCAAACUAAGCAGCACAUAAUUUGCGAAUUAAAUCAAAACACACGUCGCUCCGUCUCGCUCUUUUGAGCCGGCAUCCUGGCAGCAGCGACAACAACAAUUGCAGAACAUUAAAGGGACGCCUGGCUGAACGUUACGCGACGCGAACCGUUAACCGUUACGCUUCCGCCUCUCGGCUUACGUUGCGCGCGGCUGUGUGUGUGUGUGUUUUGUGUGUGGCGGGAUUUAACAAUUGGCAACGAGGCGGAUGAGCAACGCUACGCCGCCCACGUAAUGUGUGCCGAAAUUUAAAUUUUACUCUUCGAGUACGACUGUGUGUGUGGAUAAGCAUAAACGUAAACAAAAGGAUUAGACGUUACGUUGCCGGGAUUACGCCAGCAGUAGCGACAGACUUUUUCCGAUAUCUCCAGCCUCAGGUUGCAUCCGCCAUCGGACGGAGUUCCAGCUUUGUUCAUCCGCGGCUUUGUUCGGGCGACAAGCGAGACUAAUGAGAGCAAGUCGGAAGCAGGAAGCGGCGGCGAAAGUAAAACUGCUUGAGUAAAUAGUCGUAGCUGUGAUAACACCAAAGAAGCGGACCAGAUCACGAGUUACGUAAUUACGAGCCAUCGUCCAGUGAUUCCACGCGCAAUAAAUGUCAACGUGGCAGCGAGAAAAGUAAUCACAACUAUUUGCUAAACCCAAGCACCAGCAAACCAGCGCACAAAAUGGCUCGCCCAAGGAAGCCAGUUGCCGCACAAACUCUCCUUGCCACGCCGGCAAUAACAACAACAACAACAGCAACAACAAAAACAGCAAAAAGAACAACAAGAAACUGCGUGGCAGCAACACUGCGGCCCAGCAGACGACCCUCAAGUUCAAGGCGGUCAUCGUUAAUCACAUGUUUUAUAUCCUGCCACACGUUCUGCUUGUUCCUGCUGCUCCUCCUCCUGGCCACCGGAGCCCGGGCCGCCGGCAAGCUGGCCACUCGCAGCAACAAGACCUCGGGAUCCGGACCCGCAGCCGGAGCCGGAGCCGGAGUCGGAUCCGGAACAGCAGCCACCUCAGCGGCGGCGGCGGGAACACCCAUCUGGGAUCACGCCAUCGAUUUGAAUGAGGAUUUUCGCAUACUAUGGCAAAUCAUUAAUCAGGAUAUAACAUUCGAAAUACAGGCACGUACCCUCGGCUACGUCGGCUUCGGGUUCUCGCCCGAUGGCAAUCUGGCCGGUGCCGAUAUGGCCAUCGGCUGGGUGGACAAGGGUCAAACCUAUUUUCAGGAUCGACACGUCACACGGAAUGGAGACCCCGAGCCGGUCGUGGAUCCCUCGCAGGAUUACAUGCUGAUGCUGGGCUACGAGAAUGCCACGCACACGGUCCUCCGCUUCCGCCGCAAACUGGACACAUGCGACCCCAGUCACGACAUCGCCAUCACGAACGACACGAUGCGCCUGCUGUACAUGUACCACGGCCAGGAUCCGCCGCACGGCUCGGUGCGCCCGGGCACCCUUCCGGAUCCGGGCCACGCCUUCCGCCCCUACCGCCCCAUGGUGCUCAUGCAGCGCGCCCAGCUGCCGAUGCCCUCGCCCACGCACGACGAGCGCGUGCGAGUCCUCGAGCUGCGCAACGAGGACGUGGAGCUGCCCGCCGGCGACCUGCCGCUCUUCUGGUGCAAGAUGUUCAAGCUGGAGGACAUCAAUCGCAAGCACCACCUGAUCCGGUACGAGCCGAUUUAUGAUUCAUCGUCCAGCGUGCACUACUUGCAGCACAUAACGCUGCACGAGUGCCAGGGAGCCCACGCCGAGCUGGAGGAGAUGGCCCGCGAGCAGGGACGCCACUGCAUGGGCGCCCGCUCCAUUCCGCUGGCGUGCAACGCCAUCGUGGCCUCCUGGUCGCGCGGCAGCGAGGGCUUUACGUAUCCACACGAGGCCGGCUACCCGAUCGAGUCGCGACAGGCGAAAUACUACUUGAUGGAGACCCAUUACAACAACUUGAAGCCCGACUUCGCCCAAUUGCACGCCCGCCAAAUGGCGGAUAAUUCGGGUUUGAAAAUCUACUUCACGCACGUCCUGCGGCCCAACGAUGCCGGCAUUCUGUCAAUCGGAAUGGACCCCAACUGGCGACACAUCAUACCGCCCGGCCAGAAGCGGGUCGUUUCGGAGGGCCAGUGCAUGGAGGACUGCACGGGGUUCGCCUUCCCCCAGCAGGGCAUCAACAUAUUCGCCGUGAUGAUGCGCACCCACCAGAUCGGCAAGGAGGUUAAGCUGCGCCAGAUUCGACAGACCGAGGAGCUGCCGCCAAUCGCACACGACAGCAAUAUAGAUGUUGCCUAUCAGGACUUUCGACGUUUGCCACAAUCGGUGCAUUCCCUGCCCGGGGAUAGACUCAUCGCCGAAUGCAUUUAUGACAGUUCGUCACGAAAGGCAAUUACCCUCGGCGGACUCACCAUGAAGGAAGAAAGCUGCACGGUGCUGACACUCUACUAUCCGCGCCAGAAGAAGCUGACAACGUGUCACUCACUGCCGAGUCUGCCCACAGUGUUGCACUCGCUCGGCAUCGAGCAACUGGCAACCGACUCGAACCCCGUGCUGAUAUCAUCGCCGCCCGAAUUGGCCGGAAUGACACUGGAGGCACGUCUGAUAUCCUACGACUGGGAAAAUCAAUUUGGCGAGUUCCAGGAGGCCACUCGCAAGGGCAGCUUCAAGCCCAUCUGCUGGGGAGCCAAGAACCAUGUGGUGCCGGGCUCCGAGUUCCUCGAGGGCUACAGCAUAAAUGUGACCAAGACCUACAAGAAGCACCGGCGGUGCAAGCCGAAGCGGCCCUUCGCCCCGCCCACCGAGCGCACCGCUCCGCCGCCCGCCUCCGACCUCAGCGAGCUGCCGGUGCUGCACGAGCUGGACAACAACAACAUCAUCGAGGGAGCGGCGCGGAGCAGUCGGAGCUCGGCGACCGACGUCCACGGGCUGAGCCGCGGCAGCGGCCGCCAGUUCAUCAGCUGCCUGCUCUGGCUGGGCGCCUCAUCCUGGUGGCUCCUCCUGAUGCUCAGGACGUGAGGGGACUGAGGGGGACCCGGCGGCAGAAGAAGCGGCAGCAGCAGCAGCAGCAGCGGCAGCGGCAGCGGAAAGCACAGGCACCACCGUCUCAAUACACUCAACUAACCGUACAGCUAGAGAACAGAUGGAAAUCAGCGUAAAACAAAACUAGAGUACUGAAAAACGCAACUCAACUACGGCUCUCUAACUACAAAUGACAUCUCUUAAUCCUACUACAGAUACAGUUACAGUUACAGAUACAGAUACAGAUACAGAUACAGAUACAGAUACAGAUACGAACACAGCAAGAAUGAAAAGGCGGAAAGAGGAAAACAUGAAAUAUUCAUAAUAAGCUAGCGUAUAACGGCUUUCCCCGUCCCCUCCCCCGGAACACCUGCUGGUCCCCGACGCCCAUUUGUUUAAGCUCCUCCCACACCUCCACACUUUUGUUGAUUUUGUUCUAGAGUUUUAGUAAAUUAUUAACGAUUUUUUUAAGUAGUCUAAGCUGAAAAAGAUAUAAAAAAAGAAAUGUCAAAAAGCAAAAAAAAUGGCAGGCAAAACAAUGUCGAGAUAAAACCGAAAAGCAAUAAUUAGUUGUUGUUGUCGUUAUAAAUAUACAAAUGCGAAAUUGUAAAAGAUACGGAUAUUAUAGAUAUACACCAUGACUACAAAUAUUUAGAGCAGUCAUUCCUUCUACCAUAACGGAUAUAAACCACACACCUAUAUUUAGAUAUCUAUGUAUACAUAUACUAUAGGGUCUGACUUACGUAAGCUUGAGCGUCUGAUGGGUUUUGUUGGGCAUUGCAAGAAACAAUCGUAGAAGGGAAACGGCAUCAAGUGGCAACUGGAGGAACGCGCAUCAGGCCCUUCAUCCCUCCCCCGGUUAAGUUUAGUCAGAGCUACUAAGUGGAACUAAGUUCGAGCGGAAAAAUCAUUGACUCAUCACACAAACAAACACGACACAAGCAUGCAUAAACUUUAUACGUCCAUUUAAGAAGCGAAUCGAGAGAGACAGAUACGAAAAAGAUUUAGUUUAACGUAAAUUUUAGAAAAGACUUGGCUAACGGAGUAAUUCGUUUUGCAAAAGACUAAAGUGGGGAUUAAUUAGCGGAAAAGGCGGUUACCAAGACUUGAUUUCCAUUGAGAUUCUGAAAUAAUAUUACGAUGAUUCUCGUAAGUACUCCACAGUUUAUAAAUAUUUUAGGCUGAUAUACGACAGGUUGCAGAAAAGACAAAACUGAUUCAUUGCUUUUCAAGAACGAAGAAGAACUGUAUUGGUCGUUGAAAAAGCUGACAACUAAUUGAUCCAACUGCAACUUGAAAAUACCUUCACUUUUUGUUGACUUAUUCUAAUACACUCGCGCUUUAAUUAUAAGUUCUAUUCAGUUACCUAAUGCAAAUCUACCUGCUCUUCAACUACAAAAGAAUCAAGAAAAAGAAGCAUUAAUACUCUGAACACUCAAAGUGUUGCCUCCUCUCUUUCUUACUCGCUGUCGUUCUACUAAUAUCUCUACGUUUAGCACGAUAGGCUAUAACUUUCUAGACCUAAGUUGUAAAUAUACUCAAGCGGACGGAGAACGGACGGGAAACCAAUGCGGAAUUGUAGGCCACGGCGAACGGAGGGCGGAGUUGGAGCAUUAUACAGGGUGUGUGAUUAGAUACGACUCUCGAUCAGCUCUAGGCGUAGGAUUGGAUGUCUCACUAGGUUCUAUAUAAAUUGCAUACGGAUACGGAUCCGGAUCCGGAUACGGAUAGACAGUUAGAUGACACUUAGCAAUGUACGACGCCGCCAAGAUCUGCUCGAAGUAGUAAAAAUAUACCAUAUACAUACGACAUAAAUAUAAAGUAAAUUUAUAUAUACACAUACGAUACUAUACUAUAAAGUCUAUAUAUACAAUACCAUACAUCUAUAAGUAGUUACGUGGUUCGUAGUUGUAAAUGUGAAUGUGAGUAUUUUAUACAAAACAGAAAAUAACGAAAUAAAAAACAAAUAAAGCGAAGCAUGAAGCGAUAGCAAGAAAA